UCUUUUCUUUUUUCUAACUUAUUUUUAUUGGCUGGCUGACGCUACCGGGCUUGAGAGGUUGUUUGCACAGUGAGCUAAAGAUGAAUACCAGAGGACUUGAACCUCAGCUAAAGGACAGUACUCUAGUUACUGAGCGAUCAGCAAGUGGAUCUUUUGAAAGUCAUGAUCUUCUUCAAAAAGGUUUUUCUUAUGUGAAAAAUGAACUUUUGCCCAGUCAUCCUCUUCAAUUAUUAGAAAAAAAUUUCCAGCUCAACCAAGAUAAAAUGAAUUUUUCCACACUGAGAAACAUCCAGGGUCUGUUUGCUCCACUAAAAUUGCAAAUGGAAUUGAAGGCAGUUCAACAAGUUCAGUGUCUUCUGUUUCUUCUAAUCUUAAACCUUUUACUGGAUAAUUUGAGGGGUAAUGAUGAGACUAUUGGAUUUGAAGAUAUUCUUAAUAACCCAUCACAAAGUGAAUGGGAGAACCACACUUGAUGGUGGAAUAUAAACUUGGUUUACUGUAAUGUAGUGAGCUGACCAUGGAAAUGGAGGGGCUACCUCUUGUUUAUAGUCGUCUUUUUACUAUAAUUUUAUG